AUGGGGCUUUGGAUCUUGGCAAUUCUAACAGUUCUCAUACAUGUCACAGCAACUAAGUAUAAUAAACUAUCCUGGGGCCUGGAAAAUGAGGCUUUAAUUGUGAGGUGUCCUAAAAAAGAAGCAUCUCGUUACCCUGUGGAUUGGUAUUACUCAAAAACAAACAAAAGUAUUCCCACCCAGGAAAGAAAUCGUGUGUUUUCCUCAGGCAAGCACCUUAAGUUUCUGCCAGCCAAAGUGGACGAUUCUGGCAUUUAUACUUGCAUAAUCAGAAGUCCCACCUUCAAUAAGACUGGAUACACGAAUGUUACCAUAUAUAAACAACAACUGAAUUGCAACAUUCCAGAUUAUUUGAUGUAUUCCACGGUAUCUGGAUCAGAAAAAAAUUCCAAAAUCUAUUGUCCUACAAUUGACCUCUACAACUGGACAGCACCUCUUGAGUGGUUUAAGAAUUGUCAAGCUCUUCAAGGAUCAAGGUACAAGGCACACAGGUCAUUUUUGGUCAUUGACAACGUAAUGAGUGAGGAUGCAGGUGAUUACACGUGUAAAUUUACACACAAUGAAAAUGGUAUCAGUUACAGUGUGUCAGCAACCAGGUCAUUCACAGUUCAAGAUGAGCAAGGCUUUUCUUUGUUUCCAGAAAUUAUAGCCCCUCCACACAAUGAAACAAAGGAAGUGGAAAUCGGAAAAACAGUGAACAUAACUUGCUCUGCUUGCUUCGGGAGAGGUGCUCAGUUCUUGGCUGUUGUCCUUUGGGAUCUUAACGGAAGCAAAGUUAAGGACUUUGGUGAAGCAAGAAUUGAAGAGGAGGAAGGGCAAAACCAAAGUUCCAGCAAGGAGAUGACUUGUCUAACCAAGGUUUUAAGGAUAGCUGAUGUGAAGGAAGAGGACUUGUCGCUGAAGUAUAACUGUCUGGCCCUGAAUUUGCACGGCUUGAGAAGGCACACCAUAAGACUAAGUAGGAAAAAUCCAAGUAAGGAGUGUUCCUGAGGCUUUG